AUGACUCAGACAACUACUAUUUUUGUGCUUGUAUACGUUGAUGACAUCCUCAUAACAGGAUCCUCCUCCUCAGCCAUUAUGUUGUUAAUUCAGUCUCUCAAUCAAGCAUUUUCCCUUAAAGAUCUUGGGCAACUACACUAUUUCUUAGGCAUUGAAGCUCAAAAAUUAGCCUCUGGGGGUUAUCAUCUAAAUCAGUCCAAAUAUAUUUUGGAUCUCCUAAAGAAAGCAAAUAUGGUGGAUUGUAAGUCCAUGCCCUCACCUAUGGUAUCAAGUACCAAACUUUCUUCUCGGGAUGGUUCCCCGCAUCCAGAUCCAGCUCAAUAUAGAUCCAUUAUUGGAGCUCUUCAAUAUGCCACUAUUACCAGACCAGAUAUUGCCUUCUGUGUAAAUAAGGUUUGUCAGUUCAUGUAUAAUCCUUUAGACACUCAUUGGAAAGCUGUUAAAAGGAUCCUUCAUUACCUGAGUGGUAUUGUCUCUCAUGGUUUAACUAUCACUCCUUCGAAGAAUUUUCAUCUCACUGCGUACUGUGACUCAGAUUGGGGCUCAGAUCUUGAUGAACGUUGUUCAACAAGUGGCUACUGCAUCUUCUUUGGAUCUAAUUUAGUUACCUGGUCUUCCAAGAAGCAACAUGUUGUCAGUCGCUCAAGCACUGAAGUAGAGUACCGUUGUCUUGCUGCUACUGUUGCAGAACUUACCUGGAUCCAGUAUCUUCUUUCGGAACUCUGCAUUCAACUUCCUCGUCCUCCAACUCUCUAUUGUGACAAUCUCUCAGCUGUCCUCCUCACUCCAAAUCCCAUUUUUCAUUCUCGGACGAAGCACUUUGAGCUCGAUCUUCACUUCGUUCGUGAAAAGGUUGUCUCCAAAGCAGUGUCUAUUUACCAUGUACCACCAGUAUGGAGAAAUAUGACUUCACCAAGGAAUUUUUACAUCAGGAGAAGACAAAAUUGGUCGUUCCUUGAAAUCAAUUUUAAAUUGGGCUAUAUAUAA